GGGUUGUGCUCUCACAGUUCGCUGCUCCUCUAUCGACGAUAAUGCAAGCCACAGUUUUCUUGCUGUUGAUGUUCAUGUGGAUUGAUGAUAUCAAAACAGCGCAAGGUCUAGAUCCCGAUCCAGAAUCUAUCGUUCAGCCCGUCAACAUUCACAGUUCCGAUCUCGCUCAUCUGCUAAAAGAUGGUAUGAAGGCGUGGCGCUUCGACAUCGCAGCUCGCCGAUGCGGGUCGGCUCGAGUCAAUCUCAACCCGUUUUUCAUGAGUCUCGGAGACUACGUCGUUGUCUACGGUCUGGACGCAAACGGACAAGCAAUCGGAGUAGAGAGAAUCGGAGGAAAAGGAUGGCGCGGUCAAGGUGAAGUGAACAGUCGUCGUCUGUGGGCCGAACAGAUCGUCGUCGAGCUACACGCGACAUCUCCAUCUUCUCACUUUAGCUUGACGUACGUUCACUACGCUGACUGUUAUAUAGAUCAUAGUAAAGUGAGCAAACCCGACACGUAUUGCGCUCUGGCUGACUGGAAGAACAUGGCUUGUUUCUCCAGCGUUCCUAAGAUCUACGAACUCGGUCCAUCUGUCUUUAGACUGCGCGUCGUUAGAAACGGUACGGCAGGUAGUUGCACCGCGUGGAAAUCCGGUAGGGAGGGACGAUUUGUCUCGAAUAAUCAUUGUCUUCCCGAUCAGACUGUAGUAAGCACUGGCGAGCUGGACUACAAGUACGACACGACCACGUGUGACGGUCAUACCGGUUCUGCAGCCGCCGUCUAUAAUGCAGACACAUUGAUUAGUACGGAUGCUACACUCGACUUUACUGUCUUCACUGUAAAGGAAGAUCUUUCAUCGGUGAAGUGUCUAGUCCGCUCGACGACGAUGCCAACUACAAGCGAUAGAAUCCUAAUCAUUCACCAUCCAGAUGGAGACUACAAGAAGAUCUCGUUCAAGUCUACAACCGACGUUGGCGGAUUUUGCAUAAUACAAGCGACGUGUAGAAACAACCAAACGACCUGUUACAACUGUGAUACCAGUGAAGGCUCGUCGGGCUCUCCUGUGAUCUACAAAGCGUCGUCAGGCGUCCUAUCCGUCUUCGCACUUCACUUUGGCCACUACACAGGUCCGACCGAAUGUCCGAACUACGGAACCAAGAUACAGUACGUCAAAGACCUGGGAACUUGUCCGUAGUCACCGAGCAACGCUUGGGUGGCGCUACCGUGAGCAGCAGAGAAGCUAACGUUUUGUUUCGGUUAGCUAGUCUUGUCCACGUUUUUGAGUAAUAGUUACCUAGGUAAGUUACCGCAACUGCUCGAACGGUUUGGUGUUUGCUGUACCAGAUGAGAAGUGUUUUGCUGAUCGAUAGUAGUAGCUCGUUAGCAUUUUAGCGUAAUGUUGCUGUUGAAAGGUAAUAAGAUCGAACUGAGUUGCAUUGACUA